AUGGAAGAGAUGGAGGAAGAGUUAAAAUGCCCCGUGUGCGGGUCCUUCUACCGGGAGCCCAUCAUCCUGCCCUGCUCCCACAAUCUGUGCCAGGCGUGCGCCCGCAACAUCCUGGUGCAAACCCCGGAGUCCGAGUCCCCCCAGAGCCGCCGGGCCUCUGGCUCCGGGGUCUCCGACUAUGACUACCUGGACCUGGACAAGAUGAGCCUGUACAGCGAGGCGGACAGCGGCUACGGCUCCUACGGGGGUUUCGCCAGCGCCCCCACGACGCCGUGCCAGAAGUCCCCCAACGGAGUCCGCGUGUUCCCCCCGGCGAUGCCGCCCCCGGCCGCCCACCUGUCCCCGGCCCUGGCCCCGGUGCCCCGCAACUCCUGCAUCACCUGCCCCCAGUGCCACCGCAGCCUCAUCCUAGAUGACCGGGGUCUCCGCGGCUUCCCCAAGAACCGCGUCCUGGAAGGGGUCAUCGACCGCUACCAGCAGAGCAAAGCCGCGGCCCUCAAGUGCCAGCUCUGCGAGAAGGCGCCCAAGGAGGCCACGGUCAUGUGCGAACAGUGCGAUGUCUUCUACUGCGACCCGUGCCGCCUCCGCUGCCACCCGCCCCGGGGCCCCUUGGCCAAGCACCGCCUGGUGCCGCCGGCCCAGGGCCGCGUGAGCCGGCGGCUGAGCCCGCGCAAGGUCUCCACCUGCACUGACCACGAGCUGGAGAACCACAGCAUGUACUGCGUGCAGUGCAAGAUGCCCGUGUGCUACCAGUGCCUGGAGGAGGGCAAGCACUCCAGCCACGAGGUCAAGGCGCUGGGGGCCAUGUGGAAGCUGCACAAGAGCCAGCUGUCCCAGGCGCUGAACGGGCUGUCGGACCGGGCCAAGGAAGCCAAGGAGUUCCUGGUGCAGCUCCGCAACAUGGUCCAGCAGAUCCAGGAGAACAGUGUGGAGUUCGAGGCCUGCCUAGUGGCCCAGUGUGAUGCCCUUAUUGAUGCCCUCAACAGGAGGAAAGCCCAGCUGCUUGCACGCGUCAACAAGGAGCAUGAACACAAGCUGAAGGUGGUUCGAGAUCAGAUCUCUCACUGCACGGUGAAACUGCGCCAGACCACAGGCCUCAUGGAGUACUGCCUGGAGGUGAUAAAGGAGAACGACCCGAGUGGCUUUUUGCAGAUUUCUGACGCCCUCAUAAGGAGAGUGCACCUGACUGAGGACCAGUGGGGGAAAGGCACGCUCACUCCCAGGAUGACCACAGAUUUCGACUUGAGUCUGGACAACAGCCCUCUGCUGCAGUCCAUUCACCAGCUGGACUUCGUGCAGAUGAAAGCUUCCUCUCCAGUCCCAGCAACCCCCAUCCUACAGCUGGAGGAGUGCUGCACCCACAACAACAGCGCUACGCUGUCCUGGAAGCAGCCGCCUCUGUCCACAGUGCCCGCCGAGGGAUACAUUCUGGAGCUGGAUGACGGCAGUGGUGGUCAGUUCCGGGAGGUGUACGUCGGGAAGGAGACCAUGUGCACCGUGGACGGCCUCCACUUCAACAGCACGUACAACGCGCGCGUCAAGGCCUUCAACAAGACGGGCGUCAGCCAGUACAGCAAGACCCUGGUCCUCCAGACGUCCGAGGUGGCCUGGUUUGCUUUUGACCCCGGCUCCGCACACUCGGACAUCAUCUUCUCCAACGACAACCUGACUGUGACCUGCAGCAGCUACGAUGACCGGGUGGUGCUGGGGAAGACAGGCUUCUCCAAGGGAGUCCACUACUGGGAGAUCACCGUGGAUCGCUACGACAACCACCCCGACCCUGCCUUCGGCGUGGCCCGCAUGGACGUGAUGAAGGAUGUGAUGUUAGGAAAGGACGACAAAGCCUGGGCAAUGUAUGUGGACAAUAACCGGAGCUGGUUCAUGCACAACAACUCGCACACCAACAGAACUGAGGGAGGGAUCGGAAAAGGGGCCACCAUCGGAGUCCUCCUCGACCUAAACAGGAAAACCUUGACGUUUUUUGUCAACGACGAGCAGCAAGGGCCCAUCGCCUUCGAGAACAUGGAGGGCCUCUUCUUCCCGGCCGUCAGCCUGAACAGGAACGUGCAGGUCACACUUCACACCGGACUCCCAGUCCCUGACUUCUACUCCAGCAGAGCAUCAAUAGCCUAA